AUGGACGAGGUCCUUGCGACUUCGGGACAGGGGCUCGGGGAAUCUGCUGUGGCUGGCGAUCCGAACGGAGCGCUGGCCUAUGCGGAUGACCUGGUGCUAGUAGCUAACUCUCCCUCAGAACUCCAAGCUAAGCUGAAAGGCUUAACUAAAGGACUACGAGAGGCCGGUAUGGCAUUGAACAUCGCCAAGUGUCGGUCUAUGACGAUCAGGAAGCUAGGGAAGAGGAAGCUAGUUGUACUGGAGCCUCACUCCUACAAGAUCGGUGGUGAAGUGAUACCGCCAAUGAUGCCCAGCGAGGAGGUCCGCUACCUCGGUUUGCCAUUUACCUGGAAGGGACGGAAACCUCCUAAGACUACUACUAAGCUGGAGGCUAUGAUAGCUGAAAUAAGUAAGGCGCCACUGAAGCCUCAGCAACGAAUUCGGAUUCUGUGUGAUUUCGCCUUGAAGAAAAUUGAGUAUGAGAUGGUACUAGGUAACGCGCACCGGAACACCAUAAAGGCAGUGGAUGGGAUGGUUCGAGAAGCAAUCCGGCGAUGGCUUAGACUACCGAAGGACACAUCGAUGGCCUUCCUUUAUGUUAGCUCAACGGAUGGAGGUAUGGGUGUGCCGCAGAUGGGGAUUACCAUACCCUUGGCGCAACGAGAGAAGUUUCGCAGGCUACUCACGUCUCCGGACGAGUGGAUUAGAAGCCUAGCCACGGAUGACGCCGUCCUAGUGGACAAGCGGGUAGCUAGUCUACCUAUUAGAGUAGGAAACACCGAGGUGGGUAACCGAGCGGAGGCUGUCCAAGCUUGGAGAUCUCAGUACACCGAGAUGCUCGACCUCAAGGGAGUGCGUAUGGACCUAAUGGACAAGUCGAGUACCCUUUGGGGGGCUUAA